AGGUACUUCCAAGGGGUCAGAUUAGAUUGUUUUUUAUCUUGGCCGUGCCUCAUCUACACACCAAUACUCAGAAAUCGCAAAAUAAUUAUUGCAAAUUAUCAUACAUAAAAAACAAAUGGCGCCGCAAGCACCGCAUUUGUAUUAAAACAAGCUGUGAAGAACACUAGCCAGCAACGAUAUUAAUCCAAAGUGAAUGACGUCAUCAGCACUAAAUCGUGAAGGCAGCGUAGAAAGUAAGAAAGUUGGACGCAAGAGCGAAGUUGCUACAUGCCCUAAACCACAACAAGAACAACAACAACAACAACAUCCAACCGUGGCAGUGGAUUCCAAGGAUCGGGAAGAUGUCAAGGGACGAUACUGAUACGAAUAUCAAUGUGAUCCUGGAUGCCAAUGCUUUGGCUGACAACAGAAAUGACCAUCUAGAGCUUCAGUCUGAGGACAGAGUAUCAGCAGCUGAGGCAGGGCCCAGUGGCUCACAGGAUUUGGAAGCUAUGGAGGCUGGGGAUGGUGAUCCCAGUGCUGACUUCAACAUAGAGGAGGCUGCUGAACAGGAGCUGGGUGGAUCAGAAGAAGAAAUACAUGUGACUUUGCAGCCAGCAACCGCAACCAAGGACUACUACUUUCAGAAGUACAAGGAAGAGUGGGAGGAGCUCCCUGAAUUCAAAGGCUGGCUGCGGCCUGUGGCCGAUGAUGUGUACAAGGCAGAGUGUUUGGUGUGCAAAACGCAUCUGCGCUGUCACAAGCUGAAGCUGCGCCAGCACGCCAAGAGCAGGAAGCACCACCUGAACAUGGUGUCGGGCUCGCAGAGGCUGCGCACUCAGGCGAAGCUGCUGACGCUGCGGAAGGAGCGACGCAGCUUCGGCCGCCGGGUGGGCGGGACCAGCACGGGCAUGGGGCGCGGAGGAACGCCGGCCCGCCGCGCCGCCGCACGGGAGCAGGCGCCGCGGAGCGCCGCCCAGCAGGACGUCUCCUAUGGGGACAUGGGCCGGGUGACGUACUCGAUCGGCCUCGGCGGCAACAAGGUGGGCUUCAUCGGAGCCGGCACCAUCGCGCAGGCCAUCGCCCGCGCCAUCCUAGACAAAGGUGUGAUCCACUCGGGUCGUAUGACGGUGGCGGCGCCGUCAGCGCGCAACCUCUCUCGCUGGAGCGGCUGGGGCUCGGCGGUGACCAACAGUAACGACCUGGUCGUCCAGGCGUGCCACGUGGUGUUCCUGUGCGUGCCGCCCGCGGUGGCAGUGGAAGUGCUGCACGCGCUUGCGCCCAACCCGCAGAUCGGCGAGCGCUGCUUCAUCUCCGUGGUGCCCGGACUGGGCCGAGAGCGGAUCGAAUCGAUCCUGGCGUCCAAGUUCGUGCCGCCGUGUGCGCCGGGCGACGUGCAGACUCUGGGCUCUGUGUACGUGGUCCGGUGUAUGGUGAACCUGGCCGUCCGCACCGGUGCCGGAUGCUGCGCCUACUCUGUGCCGGCCAACCUGCCCGACAGCUGGCUGCUCUGUCUGGAGGUGAUGUGCGGCGCUAUGGGAGUCAGUCAGCCGCUCGACGACGCCCGACUGGACGCGUUCUCAGCGGCCGUCUCGGCCGGCCCGGCCAUGGCGCUGGCCUUUUGUGAAGCGCUGACGAUGGGCGCGGCCAAUGUCGGCCUGCCCUGGCACGUCGCCAGGAAGAUGGCCGCACAAACGCUGGUGGGCGCGGGCCACCUGCUUCUCGACGCAGACAGCCCGGCGACGCUGAGCGAGCAGGCGGCUCCUCCGGGCGACCCCGGCCUGUCGGCACUGAUGGCGCUGCAGCGGACCGACAUGAAGUCGGGCGUGGCGGCCGCCGUCCAGGCCUUCCAGAGGGCAGUGCGAAACACUUUCGGCGAGUGAAGUGUCCCGGUUCGUCAUUGACAGAAGCAGCACCGCUCAUAGCAUCAUCGUCAUUGACAGAAGCAGCACCGCUCACACCAUCAUCAGCAUCUUCACCAGCGAAUGAAAGGCCAGUCCCCACUGUUCAAUGGGCAAAAGUGUACGAUACUCAUAAAGAGCAUGUGGACUGUGGAGUAGCUGCAGGUGCAGUGGUGCGAGAUUAUGCCGCACUACGGUACGUAGUGAACGUUGCAAGCCAUUGUGCGUGUUGAUUGAUGCCGUUGCGUGAUGACAAAAGAAAUGUGCCAUUUCUAGUGUCUUUAAAGCCGCACGUUGUGAGUUGUUCCAUAAAGUGCUUUCAGAAUACCGAGAUGCAUGCAGCAUCGUCAGCUGUUUUAGUGUCUGAAUGUGGAUCGGUGGUAGUUAUUUUCAUGCAACCAAUGCGUGAUGCAGAAAGGACAUAGACUGUUGGUAAUUGGAGUUUAAUGCGAGAUAUACUGCACAUUUCUCAUCAAAGCUCCAAUAAAGCCCACAAUCAACCGGCA